AUGAAAAGCGCAGGAAGUUGGGUGAAGGAUUACUUCGAUAGAAAGGCACAAACCUCAUAUAAAGCGAAAAACCCAGGGUCCUCUCUAGCCGGUCCGGAGUCAGGACGCAAGGGGUUUGUUUCACGCUACAACGACCCGAGUCACCCAGUGAAUAAUGGACAGCUUACCUCGGUGCUCACUGGGGGCCUGCUGGGAAGCAAGCUGGGCCUAAUUGAAUGGGCUACGAAUUCCAUCAGGGAAUCACAAGAAGCCAAGGGGAAUGCCCGUGAUGAACCUCCAAGUGAACCGUUUAAAGAAAAGUGGCAGCGAUGUCAGUGUAAGAAGAAGCCCGGCCUGGCUAAGAAGGUUUUGUAG